AUGUGCCCUCUUGAUGUGUACAAGUUUCAUGGUCACAAAAACUCUCCGAUCUCGAUGCUGCAAUUUCUGUUCACUGCGGCCUUCGCGGCGGCGCCGCUCAUGCUCUACAUUCCGCCGGUACGCAGCCUCAAUUCCUUCCUUCAGACGGCCGAGAUCCUAUUUUCCGGCGCCAUUUCGUACGGCCUCGUAGUCUGCCCGAUCCUGCGCGACGUCGUUUCGAUUUUCCGACAACCCCGAUUCACCAUCGCCAGAAGCUAG